CUCAGCCUCCGCCUGCUCCUUCAACGCCGCCCGCGGCAGGACGGGGCCCCGUGACGUCACUCCCAGCCCAGCCAAUGAGCAUCCAGGAGGCCCGGCCGGCUGUGACCCCCCCCCGAGGACCCCCGGAGCUGCAACACCCAGUCCAUGAGGGCCCCGCGCACAGGUGGCCGGCGCAGGGAUGGCUCCGGUCGUGGAGGUGUCGGACGCCGGGCACUGCCGGGCGCUGCUGCUGGAGCUGAACGAGCAGCGCCUGCGGGGACAGUUCUGCGACGUCACCAUCAUCGCCGAGGACACCAAAUUCCGCGCCCAUAAGAACGUCCUGGCCGCCUCCAGCCCCUUCUUCAAGCGGGCGCUGGCCCAGGAGCCCACCUGCCCCUCGCCCGCCCAGGUGCUGGAGCUGCCGGGCGUCCAGGCCGGCGUCUUCUCCGACGUCCUCAACUUCAUCUACAACUCGCGCCUGGCCGUGCCCUCGCCGGCGGCCGCGCGGGCGCUGGGGGCCGUGGGCCGGCGCCUCGGCAUCCCCUCGCUGCAGGGCCUGGAGGCCGGGCCGCCCGCUCCUCCUCCUCCUCCUCCUCCUCCUCCUCCUCCUCCUCCUCCUCCUCCUCCUCCUCCUGCUCCUGCUCCUCCAGCACCGCGGGACAUGAACGGCACCUGGAGCCCCCCGGCGCCCGCGGCCGAGCUCACCUGCGGGGCACAGGAGGGCGAGGAGGUGGCACCGUCGUCGUCGCCGUCGCUGCGGUGCGGGCUGUGCGGGCGCGGCUUCGGCUCGGCGGCGGCGCUGGGCUUCCACGCCAAGCUGCACCGCGGGCGCCGCGGGCUGUGCUGCCGGCACUGCGGCAAGAGCUUCAUCCACGUCAAGCGCCUGCAGACGCACGAGGUCGGCUGUCGCGACGGCGACGGGGAGGGGGACGGCGACGCCGCCGGCACCGCCAGCACGGAUGUCACCGUCGCCGGCGGCGCCGCCGCCGUCGCCGCGACCGGCCCGGCGGCGUCGGCGCCGAGGGCGGCCAAGAAGGCGCUGCUGCUGCGGCACCGCGCGCUGGAGCCGGGCGCGGAGCAGGAGCCGCUGGUCAAGGUGGUGGACGGGCAGGUGCUGUACCUGUGCGGGGUGUGCCAGCGCUCCUACAUGACCCUGUCCAGCCUGAAGCGCCACGCCAACGUCCACUCGUGGCGCCGCAAGUACCCGUGCCGCUACUGCGACAAGGUGUUCGCGCUGGCCGAGUACCGCACCAAGCACGAGGUGUGGCACACGGGCGAGCGCCGCUACCAGUGCAUCUUCUGCUGGGACACCUUCGUCACCUACUACAACCUCAAGACGCACCAAAAAGCCUUCCACGGCAUCAGCCCGGGGCUCAUCGCCUCCGAGAAGACGCCCAACGGCGGCUACCGGCCCAAGCUCAACGCGCUCAAGCUCUACCGCCUGCUGCCCAUGCGGGCCAACAAGCGGCCCUACAAGACCUACAGCCAGGGCGCCGUGCCCGACGGGGCCGCGCCGGCGCCGGCGACCGCGCCGGGGGACGCCGGGGUCACCGCAUUUCCUCCGGCGGCACCGCCGCGGCCGGAGCCCGCCUCGGUCAUCGCCUUCGGCCGCGCGGCGCCGCCCUCGGUCAUCGUACGAGGCGGCGGCCUCGGCGCCGCCUCGUACAUCUCCUACAACUUCCGGGCGGGCGAGGAGGCGCCGGGAGCGGCCGAGGCGCCGGCGGCGGCGCCGGUGACGCCGGCGGUGCCCAUCAAGAAGCAGGUGCUGCGCGAGUACAUCGAGGCGCAGCGCGCCGCCGCCGAGGAGGGCGCGACCGCCGCCGCCGCCGCCGCCGCCGCGCCCCAGAACGGCUCCGGCGGCGGCCGCACCAUGACCUACGUGGCCAAGCCGGCCUACGCGGGCUCGGCGGGCGAGGGGCUGUGCCAGAUCACCGUGCGCAUCGGCGAGGAGGCCAUCGUCAAGCGCCGCAUCUCCGGCACCGACCUGCGCGGCGACGGCGCCGGGGAGCGCCGCGGCGACAACGACAGCGACGCCGAGGACCGGCUCUGGCGGCCCUACUACUCCUACAAGCCCAAGAGGAAGACGGGCGGCGCU